AUGAAGGUCUUUGUCCUAGCAUUGCUGUUAACCCUUGUGGAACCUGUCUUUAGUCAAGACAAAUGUUACACAUACAAGUAUGAAUUCAUGCAGGUGACCAGGGUUCUAUCUGAACAGUCUCCAGGUGCUGGAAUAAAACUUUCAUGUAAAACGGAGAUCUGUGGUUCUAGGCCGGGAUUGUAUCUUAUGCGGAUGUUUGACAUUGACGUAUCUGAAUACAACGGCAAUUUUCCAGUACCCAAAUUCAUUCCAUCACCUAAACUGACAAAGUCAAUUGCAGCACAUCUUGACAAGCGUGUUGCAUUUCAUUUGGAAAAUGGGCGCAUCAAAAAGAUCAUGGCUCCUGCUGACCACUCAGUUGACGGUGUUAACCUUUACAAAGGAUUUUUGAAUAACAUGCAACCCAUCAUAAAAGAUAAACAACGUGAAUAUACUUUACUAGAGGAUGAUAUUGAAGGUCGUUGCAACACAACAUACACUAUUCUAGAUAGUGAUAAAGCAAACCGAAUGUUAGUGAUGAAAUCUAAGGACUUAAAUGACUGUCCUAUCAGAGUGGAAAAAGUUGUUGGUUCUUCAUAUGCUACUCCAUGUACAGAAUGCAAACAGAAUUCUCAAGCUGGAGUUACAUCUAGCUAUUAUAUCAAGCCUGCACAAGAGGGACCUGUAAUUGACCAAGUGAUCGUUUCAGAAAUCCAUCGGUACAUGCCAUUUAAUGUGAUAAAUGGAGGAGCUAUCAUAACGGAGGCCAGGCAAAACAUUCAGUUGGUCAAUGAAGAGCAACACAGGCCAGAAGCGCUUCCAGCUAACUUCAAGGAUUGUGGAUCACUUGCCUUUGAGUUCAGCGAGGAGUCAGAGCAGCAUUCCGCUCCUGCCAUGCAACUUGAACGCCAGAUUCUCGAUGACUUGCAAUAUCUGGCACAGAACACGUGGAAGAAGAUUCCGGAAGACUCUGUAAAAAAAUUCCAGCGGCUUACCCAGUUUAUGCACAAAGCAGAUUAUGAACUUUAUGACUCAGUAUACAAAAAGUGUUCUAGCCAGUCAGAAUGCAGGAGCCAUUUUUGGAAUGUAGUUGCUUCUGCUAAUAAUCCCAAUGCAAUUAGACUCCUAAAACAUGAAUAUGAAAAGCAAAAAAUCACUGACGCUGAAGCAGCACAGAUAAUGAUUAUAGGCUUCCAUUCCAGCAAUCCAUCUCUUGAACUUAUAGAAGAAGCUAAGUCCUUCCUGGGAGUGGUUCAUAAACAUCCACAUCAUUACCUUUUCAAAACUACCUUCCUUGCCUAUGCAACACUAUGUCACAAAUACUGCGUUGCCUUAAACAUCUGCCCUGAAUCAGUUCUCAAGCCUUUGAAUGACUUUGCUAAUGAAGUGAUAAGCAAACCUGAGGUUGAUGAUAUGAUCCUGCUUUUGCGGGCAUAUGAAAAUGUGCGACACCGAUCAAUCAUGAAACCCUUCAUGAAGUUCUUCCCAGGAUCCGGACUUUCUGAUUCCUCACUCCGAGUUCAGCAUGUUUUUGUUGCGUGUCUAAAAGGUUUUGCCAAGACAGACCCAACAUGGGUAAGACGUACUAGUAUACAAAUAUACCAACACCGAAAGUUUCCUGAUUCAGUCCGAAUACUUGCUGCAUUGAGUUUUCUUUCAACCAAACCGGAUUUUCCUAUCUUAAUGGUUUUGGCUAACUCUCUGGCCUUUGAACCCAGCGCACAAGUGGAACAUUUUGUCAUCUCUAGCCUGAAAACAUUGGCUACCAGCACAGCUCCAGAUCUGCAAGAAUUGGCGUCUGCCAGCAGAAUGGCCCUAAAUAUAGUGAGGGCAAAAUCUGAACAGCCUAAAUAUGCAAUGGGCAAAAUUUUCAUCUUUAACCAAGAGUCUGUUAUGGCUGGUGUGAAAGCUGAAGUUUUCAUCUUGAAUGAAGGAGCAAGUGUAUUAUCAAAUUUUAUGUCAGCCAAAUUUGAGACAAGGGCUUUUGGAAAUCGGUUUUCUCCUUUAGAGAUGGGUCUAGGAAUUCCAAAUCUUUCAGAAAUCUUAGGAAAUCUAGGAAAAAGAAGGUAUGAAGCUAACAGUGAUAAUGACAGGUCUGUCGAUGCAAGGAAGCUUCUGAAAAUGCAUUCUGACCAGAAAGUGAUGCCCCAUAAAGAACUUCGUGUGGGAGGAUACGUACAAUUGUUUGACCAGAACAUCUUUGUUGGAUCAGAAGAUCUGAAGACAGUUGUGGAAAUCUUCCAGGAACUCUACAGACCACAACAUCGUGACUCUUGGAUAACUAAUCUUGCAUAUGGCCUUCAAAGUGGUAUUGACAUUCAGUGGGUCAAAUCUUUAAUUUCUGUUGAUGCCAGUUACACUGUGCCUGCAUGUACUGGUUUACCUGUGGAAAGAAGCUUGAAUCAUGUUGCUAUCACGACUAUAGCAGGAAAUGCUCAAGCCUGGUUUACUCCUGAGCUACCACACAAUCAUAACCUGAACACAGACCUUACUGCUGUUAGACUGGAAACCAAGUUGUCUUUCAACAUAGACAAACGUAUGAGUUUCAAGAUGGGAAUCCGAAACUCUCUGCUUCAGGCUGGACUGGAAGAAUAUGCCAGACUGACUGUAAAUCUCCCUGUCAAGGCUGCUGUGUCUAUGAACUUUACAGACAAGAGAUUCAAGCUUGAAAUUCCACCAUGCAAAGAGGAAACUAAUUUAUUCUCUCUAAGCUCUAAGACAUAUGCUGUUGUUGGUAGUGGUGAAGAGGAACCUGCUACUAAGUCCAUUCCUGUUCUUCCCAGAAGAGUGCCAGAUAUAAUAAACUGGGCUUUUAAGCCUGAUUCUGCUCAACAAAAUAAACCAAAGGAAACACGAUAUUCAAAAACCAACUCAGCAGAAAGCACCUAUUUGGAAGGACAGUCUGCACAUCACUCAGCUCCAGUUCAUCCAGCUAUGUGGUGCCUUAAUUCAAGUAUAUUUGGAUGUAAUGCUUGCAUUAAGUAUUCAGGUGGACGUGCUGGACUUGGCAGUGACAUACUCAGCCGCAUCGUAGGUGAACACAGUAUUGCAUGCAUCAUCUAUCCAGUCAAAUCAGAGACACCAGUUGAGAAGAUACAAGUCACAUUUCAGCGAGAUGAAGUGAAUGCUAAUGAUCAAACUAAGAAGUCAAAGAAUUGGCUUAAGGACAUGCUCGUGAAAAAGGACAGCAGUGGAGAAAGGACAUUAAGUAGCUCCAGUAGACACAGUAAUGAAGAUGAGAAUGUUAAAGAAAGAUUAACAGAUGCUUUCAGCAGUCAUGAAGCUCACAGCAGACAGCAUAACGAGGGCCAUUCAAAGAGACCAAAGAAACCACAAAGCAGCAGCAGCAGUAGAAGCAGCAGUGAGAUCAGUAGUAGCGCUAGCAGUGACACCAGAGAAAGUAGCAAAAGGAGCAGUGAUACCAAUAGCAGUGAGAACAGCAGACGCAGCAAGAGCAGUAGUAGUGGCAGCAGCAGCAGCGGUAGUAGAACCACCAGCAGCAGUGAGAGCAGUAACAGCAGAAGUAGCAGUGAGAGUGAGCAACAGAAAGGAAGGCAAGAGAAUAGGAGACCCGGCAGGCCAUCAUCUGAUCAGUCAGACCAUGGGGAUGCUGAGAGAAGACACGAGAGGAGUCUUGGGCAACGGCACAUCGGCAGCAGCAGCAGCAGCAUUGAAGAGAGUGACAGCCUCAGCAAAGGCAAACGGAUGCAUAAGGAUGCAAGAAGAAACCCCGACAUGCCAGGUCUCAAAUCUGGCAAAAGGUCUCAAAAAGGCGAAGCCCAAUACAGCAGUGACGACAGGCCUGAAGGGGGUGCAACUCAGGAAGAAACACGCCGAUCAUCAUCUUCCUUGGAAUCAAGCAGCUCUGUUGAAGACAAAAGCAGUGAAAGCAACUGCCGCAGUAGUGAAAGUGGCUGCAGCAGCAGCAGAUCAAGCAGCAAGAGCAGCAGCAAGGAAAGCAGCAAGAGCAGCAAGGAAAGCAGCUGCAGCAGUAGUGAAAGCGGUUGCCACAGCAGGAAACCCCACGGUAGCAGCAGGGAAAGCGACUGCAGCAGUAGUGAAAGCGACUGCAGCAGCAGAAACAGCAGAAGCAGCAGCAGCAGCAGCAGCAGCGAGUCCAGCUCAUCAGAGGAGACUGAUUUCCUGGGAAAGACGCCUUCAACUAGACUCAUUUUUACAGCUCAGGCAGUUAAAAGUAACAACAGAAAACAAGGCUACCAAGCAACAGUAUAUGUCAAAAAAAAUGAAGUCAGGUUCGAUAUGCAACUGGUUAUGGCUCCUACUAUGAAUGCUGCUGAGACUACAUGUCUGUCCGUUCAUGUUUCGCCUUAUGAAGCUAAGGCUAGUCUGAAGAAGGGGAAACAGUGCCAGGAUAAGAAAUUUGAAAUAAAAGUUUCCAAAGGCCACCUUGCAAAAAAUCCAGCAAUCCAACUGAAGAUAAAAUCAAGGAAGCUUUCGCCCAUGGCUAAGGAACUCCUUCCUAGUCUAGCAUCCCAGAUCGGCUUUAACAGCGUCUGUCAAAAGAAUCCUUCUGACGAGUUUGUGCUAAGUGUGGCUUCAUCAUCUCCAAAAUCAGUUUUUGUCAUCUGUAAAUUGCCUGAGGAAACCUUAUAUACAGAAAGUGUUCUUCCAUGGCCUUCAGUUAUUUCUCCACCUCAACAUCAUCCAGAGAAAGAAAUAACUGCCUUCAAUUUUCUUACAGAAUUAGCUGCACGAUUACUUAGAGAAGAUGAAGCUGUAUGUCAAGUGGAUGAAACAAGCAUCAGAAAUUUUGCCAACAUGAGAUUCAAUGGUGUUUUUAAUGAAAACUGUAGAACCCUAAUAGCCCAAGAAUGCACUGAAAAUCCACAAUUCUCUAUCAUCACAAGAAAGUCCAAACCGGAUCUUCCAAGAGAACUUUAUAUCCUUCUGACUGCAGUAAACAUCACAAUCUCACCUGCCGCAAAUUCCUCUCUCCUUGUAACGUAUAAUGGAGAACUCAUAGACAGAGCUCUGUAUGAGGACGACAAAGCAAACAUCGAAAUCUACAGAAAUGAGUCUUUUGUUUGUGUUCUGGCUCCACAUUAUGGCCUAGAGAAUGUGACAUAUGAUGGUAAAACACUAUGGGUUACAGUUUCUUCAGCAAUGAGAGGUAAGACCUGUGGGCUUUGUGGAAGCAAUAAUGGAGAAAAACGAAAUGAAGGUCGCAUGCAAAAUCAGGAGUUGGCGCAUGACGACAUGGCUUUUUCCCAUUCCUGGCUUUUGAAAGACAGCGAUUGUGUUACAGAUUUCACGAUGAUUUUGCCUGAAGAGAAUUCUAACAGGAUAACCAUUAUCAAGAAUACAAUGGAAUGUGUCAAAACUGCCCUAGAAGUAAAUAUGUUAAAUUAA